CUUUUAGUUUAGGCAGGAUAUACCUGAAAACACCCACAGAAUAGUGAUAACCCUGACAAGGUCAUUGCGAAAAAUUUGCAUAGCCCACAAGGAAGUUUAUUAUGGUUUAACUAUAAGUCGCCGUACGCUGUUGUCAUGUCACUUCAUUGGACAGAAAACCGUGCCAAUGUUUUAAAAAGAAACCAAACUAAAACAAGUUCAAGUAUUUGUCAGUUGGCUUUGCUGCUGGUAGGAGAACUGCCUGGUAUUUCCCACAUUAGUCGAAUUGUGAUCUUGUUCUUAUUUCCCUACGUUCAUCGGGAAAACUAUCUGUUAACAUGCAGAUUAUUACGCUGCUCUUGUUUUGCUUGGGUGCCAAAGCAUUCGUCCAAAUUCCGGCACCCUACAAUAAUUUCGGGUGGUUCAUUGACAAUAAUAAUGCGUAUGCCGGAUUCUAUCCGGGAGGAGUGUCCCCCCACUCUAUGGCCACUCCUUUUCUUGCCUACCCCAACGCUUAUCCAUACCUUAACUACCCGUACACCCUUCCGUAUUACACUUAUCGAUACGGCAAUCAACAGGACGUUCCUUUCGUACCCAAUGUCGUCAAGACAGUCGAGACUUCCGGAAAGCCACAGCCUAGCCCUCCUAAAGUUGAGCAACCAAGAUUGCGGAUGCUGACGAACCUUUCUCUCCUCCGUCACCUUCCCGCCUGGGCAAAUUCAAAACGGCGGCUGUCAGCUCGGAUGGCAUUCCUUGCUCACAAAUUGGGCGUGAUGUAUUGGUGGAUGGAGGAAACGCAGUCGACGCCGCUAUCGCCACGGUCUUUUGCAUCGGAGCAGUUAAUCCGCAGAGCGCCGGAAUCGGUGGAGGAUUCCACAUGACUAUCUACGAUCCAGUUGGUCCGGUAGCUCAAAGCCUCGAUGCAAGAGAGGUGGCGCCUAUUGCUGCUACCGAAGACAUGUUCAAAGGAAACGCUUCCAUCUCUCAAAGAGGUGGUUUGGCCGUGGCUGUACCGGGAGAGCUGGCCGGUUCUUGGGCCGCCCAUCAGAAGUACGGGAAAUUACCUUGGUCCCGUUUAGUCCUGCCGACUGCUGAAAUGGCCGAGAAAGGUAUUCCAGUCAACAGUCACCUUGCCAACUCCUUGCAAGAAUUCGAGAAAUUAAUUUUUGACGAGCCUUCGAUGCGUAUUUUCGUGAACGAAGAAACCGGCAAAGUGAAACAAUUAGACGACAUAGUCAAGAAUCCACCAUUCGCUCAGACAUUGAGAACGAUCGCUAACGAAGGCGUUGGCGUCUUCUACAACGGAAUCCUAGGCGAUAAAGUAGUUGAGGACAUCCAGAAGAAAGGCGGAAUCAUAACCAAGGAGGACUUGAUACAAUAUCGCCCCGAAUGGAAGGAACCCAUCAAAGUGGAAUUGAACAACAAUUUCACAUUGUACUCUAUGCCUCCGCCUGGAUCAGGAAUUUUAACCGCUUUCAUCCUCAACAUUUUAGACGGGCACCUCGAAGGAGAGACAAAUGGAAAGGCAUCCCGUGAUCCGACGAAUUACCACCGGAUUGCGGAGGCUUUCAAACACGCCUACGCCCAUCGUACCAAAUUAGCCGAUCCUAAUUUCGUUCCGGAAGUGAAUAAGUUCACUAGAACUCUGAUGGCAGAUCCGGAAGCUCUGGCUGCUGAAACCUACGCCAAAAUCAACGAUUCGUUUACUUACAACGAUCCGGGAUUUUACGGGGCUGUUACCUACAAUCAGGAGGACCACGGCACUGCCCACAUGUCCGUCCUUGAUGGCAACGGAAUGGCCGUUUCAGUGACUUCAACUGUCAACUUAAAGUUUGGCGCUGGAUGGAUCUCGGAGCAAACCGGAAUCCUGAUGAAUGACGAAAUGGACGACUUCUCAUCACCCAACGUCAUCAACUACUUUGGAGUCCCACCCAGUCCGGCUAAUUUCAUCCGGCCGGGCAAACGGCCCAUGUCUUCCAUGACGCCCACCAUCAUCGUCAACUCGAGAACUGGACGGGUCCGUUCCGUCAUAGGAGCGGCUGGCGGCACUAAAAUCACCACAUCGACCGCCUAUGCAAUUAUCCGAAAUCUUUGGUUCGGCGAAACGAUCAAAGAGGCCAUUGACAGUCCGAGGAUGCACCACCAGCUGUUCCCGAUGAAAUUUCAAUACGAAAAGGGUUUCCCAUCGGACAUUGUCAACAACAUGACGACCAGAGGACACAGCGUCACCGAGUUCCCUGGGAACGGAGCCGUCGUUUGCGGCAUUACGGUGGAAGCGGAUGGAUUUAUUUACGCCAAUUCUGACUGGCGGAAAAGUGGCGAUGUCCAAGUCAUCGACCCAGUUGACUUGUAGAAGACCCCUCUCUUCUUCGAUUCAACAGUUGUUGAAACGUAUAAUGCCAAUUUUCUAACAAUAUCUCCUGUUUGCUCAAAUUCUUGAAUGUUGUUUGAUGAACUUCUAUAUAUUCACUUGUAAUG